AUGACAGUCGUAUUAGCUGAGCUGAAAAGAGACUUAAAUUCUUGCCUAUCAGAGCUUGAGGCUUCUCCACUUCGAUCCGUGGCAGAUCUCAUAGCAUUCAACAAAGGACACAAAAACCAUGCAACCAACCUGACAAUGGAAUCAAUGAGGCGGUUCAAGAAGGCACAAGCACUAGCAAACAUGGAGAGAUCUUCCAAGAACGGGUCUGAGAAGUUGAUGAAAGAUAACCAACUUGAUGCUUUGAUAUCUACUAGAGAGAAGUAUGUUCCUUUUCUUGGAAUUGGAGGAUACCCUGCAAUCAUUAUCCCUGCUGGCUAUAACAAUCAGAAUAAGCCAUUUGGCAUUCGCUUUGGAGGGCUCAAGUUCACAGAGCCAGCAUUUAUUGAGACUGCAUAUGCCUUUGAACAAGCCACCAAGAAGCGCAGGCCUCCUCCAGAUAUGAUUAGGGUCUAG